AUGGCACCAGCACCACCAGCAGCAGCAGAAGCAGCAGCAUCCAAACCAGCCUUCACCUUCACCACCAAACUGCAACCCCCACCAAUACUAUCGCACUCACCAUCAGCACCAUCAUCAUCGCCAGAUGGCAGCAGCAACAACAAGAACAGCCCCAGCUCCAUCAUCCUCGAAUACCCAACACCAUCCAACCCCCGACCAAGCACCAAUCCAGCGAUAUUCACCGACGCCAUGAUCGUGCGCGACAAAGUCUUUGUGCAGGAGCAAGGCUGUUCCGCCGAGGCAGAGAUCGACGCCGACGAUGCACGGAGUUGGCACUGGGUUGUGUACGCGAGUCCUGAUACUGAUAAUAAUAAUAAUAAUGCUGAGGCAAAUAUGCCAGUGGCAGUAAUCCGCCUCGUCCCCCCACCGCACGCACCGCACGAAACACUACACAAUCCCGACCUCGCAGAAUCAGAAUCACUACCGAAAUACGACCUUCACCACGAGCCCUACAUCAAGAUCACGCGCGUGGCGGUACUUUUCGAAUUCCGGGGUUAUGGACUCUGUCGAAUGCUGAUGGAGACGGUGCACGAGUGGGCUGCACAGCAUGCGGAGGAGAUCAAUACCUUGUAUGAGCGGGAAGUAUCGAAUUCGCAGUCACAGCAGGAUGUGUCUACGAAAGGAUGGACCGGUCUCGUCAUCAUCCAUGCUCAGGUCCAGGUCGAGAGGAUGUAUCGGCGGUUUGGGUACGAGACGGACUUGUCGAUGGGGACGUGGGAGGAGGAGGGGAUAAAGCAUGUGGGGAUGUUUAAGCGGUUGGAGGUGGUUACACGUGCGUAG